GCCCGCCAAGGCGGGCGCUGCCCACCCCUCGGAGCCCAGCGGCGUGCCGAGGCUACAAGUGCGGCGGCUGGUGAUUGGGGGACUUUCUCCGGGAGCCUUGCGGGGACAACGCGCGGUGCUCCAGCCGCACCGGGUCGCCGAAGUAGAAGACUUUCCGGAAGCUGCUGGGGGAUGUCUGACUAGCGUUCAUGGAGCUCUACUCCCUUGCUAAGAAGAGCAACCAGGCAGACCUCUGUGAUGCCAGGGACUGGAGUUCAAGAGGGCUUCCUGGUGGCCAGGCAGAUACAGCAGCCACAAGAGCUGCUCUCUGCUGUCAGAGACAGUGUGAGUCCACCCCAAGAGCAACUGAAAUGGAAGGGUCUAAACUUAGUCCUUCUCCAGCAUCCCCUUCCUCCUCUCUGCAAAACAGUACCCUUCUUCCAGACGCCUUUCCACCAGGACCUCUCCACUCAGGGAACAACCAAAUAACAGCAGAACAGAAAGUCUGUAACUGCUGCAGCCAGGAAUUAGAAACUUCUUUUACCUAUGUGGACAAAAACAUCAACUUGGAGCUGCGGAACCAGAGCUCACCAUCAGUAAAAGGGCAUGAUCACCCUGGGGAGCUUGGCUGGGAAAAUCCAAACGAGUGGUCCCAAGAGGCUGCCAUAUCUUUGAUAUCUGAAGAGGAGGACGAUACAAGUUCCGAAGCCACAUCUUCAGGAAAGUCAAUAGACUAUGGUUUCAUCAGCGCCAUCUUGUUCUUGGUCACUGGCAUCCUGCUGGUGAUCAUCUCUUACAUCGUCCCCCGGGAAGUGACAGUGGACCCCAAUACUGUGGCAGCCCGGGAGAUGGAGCGCUUGGAGAAGGAGAGUGCAAGGCUGGGGGCUCACCUGGACCGCUGUGUGAUUGCAGGGCUCUGCCUCCUCACGCUGGGGGGCGUCGUACUGUCCUGCUUGCUAAUGAUGUCCAUGUGGAAGGGGGAGCUCUAUCGUCGAAACAGAUUUGCCUCUUCCAAAGAGUCUGCAAAACUCUAUGGUUCUUUCAACUUCAGGAUGAAGACCAGCACGAAUGAAAACACUCUGGAACUGUCCUUGGUAGAGGAAGAUGCGCUUGCCGUACAGAGUUAAUUCUGGUUGUGAACAUCUUGAGAGUCUGCCUUGGCAUUUUAUAGUAUGAAAAAAGAAGUUAAUUUGUAAAAAAAAAAAAAAAAAAAAAAAAAAAAUUCACAGUGCAAUUUAUUUGCCUGGCAAGAAAAGUUUAAUUCACAAACCAACAGCCAAUGAGUGAUUUUGUUCUCCAUGUGUCUUCUAUUUAGAAGAAAAGUCAUGUAAGAUGUAUAAGAAACCACAACCAGCCACACCUAUCCUUCUGAAGAGCUGAAGGCUAAUUGAUCUGUAAUGGCCAAGAACUUCUACUUCAAUAGAAAAAUAUUUCUAAUGAUUCAGUACACAAAUAUAUGAUAUUACUCUUUGGACACUAGGUGGUCCUACGCAUAGUCAGAUCAAUUGCUAUUUUGUGAAAAAGAACUAAGCACUAAUCAAUAAUAAGGCUUACAUUUAAUUCUCAACGGUGCUUAUCCAUUUUCUUGCUAAAUUAUCCUCCUUGUUAUUUGGCUAAACACUAAAAUAUGGAGUUUUGAGUUUGAAUAUUUUGAAGUUUGAGGAUGUUGGGCUUUUUUUUAUUGUAAAAAACACUAUGUUUGAAAUUAUUCCUGUAUUCAAAAAUGGCAAUUAAGUCAUUAGGAUAAACUUUCUAAUAAAAGAAAAUGACGUAAAUCAUUGUAAGACCAAUGUGAAUUUAAACCACAGUGUUAGUGCCAGAUAUCAGCCAGCAUCACUGCUCUUUUUUAAAAUGAAGUCAAAUUAGUUACUGAUAUAAAUUUUAUCUUUUGUGAUUUUGCCAUCAUACCAGUUAUUUGUGCUCUUGAAGUCCACUAUUUCUCACACCAAAGAGGCAAGCCAUGAGACAUUUUAAAUAUAUUUCCAGACAUCUAAACAUCUGGGCAGAUCAUGAUUGGCCAGAUCUGAGAGCAAUCAUGAUUGGCUCUGGUGUGCUCCCAGGUGACAUCUUGUUAUUGCUGUUUGGGAAAAACCACCAGUAAUAUUGCAGCUAGACUUUUGGGGACUGUGCCUAGCAGGCUGUAUCACUUGUUCUAGGCCAAGCAACAACUGCUUCUCUCAUGACAGCAGCAGUCCUUAAGCCCAAAGCCAAAAAAAUUAAAACAGAGAGAGAGAGAGAGAGAUUAAAAAUGCCGAUUCAAUGGGCGCUGUAGUUAUCGUCAGAACUCACCUCCCACUCAGAGUGGUCUAGGUGUCAUUCAGUAACUGUGAGCUCUUGUCUCAUAAAGCGCAAACUCUUGCUCUAAGAGCAGCAUGAUGAGCAAGGUACUCACUUUGCAAGACACACACCGGGUGUCCACAGUGACACAGUGCCUCAUUAAAGUGACAGUUCAGAAAGAGGAUGAGAAAUGCAGCCUGAGAAAUACCUUACAUUUUGCAACUCUACCUGGAGGUUUUUCCAACCUCUGCUUUAGGAGUUGUAACUCCCAUGAUUGUGUUACCAGGACGAGGGUGUCAUUCUUAAAGAGGACAGGAGCUAGGAAUUGGUAUGAGAUAGCAGGGAUGAGGAAGUAAAAGUGAUUUCAUUGUAGAUUUUUAAAGGCUAUUUCAAAUGUCUGAAAUUUGUGUUGUUGUGGACAACUGUGGAAUACAUGGGUGACUUUGGCUAGCAAAAUGUGUGAAUCAAGAUAUUUAUGUGGAUGAGCUCUCAUGGGUGCCAGAGAUUGAUUUGAUGAGUGACGUAUGCUGCAUAUAACUAAGAGUUGAGGUGAAAUACAAAAAAGGGAGCCUCAGAAGACAAUAAAAAAGAGAGGAGGGGCAUAUGAAAGAAUUAUUAGGUAAAAAUAAGAAAUUAUAUGGGCAUCAGAGGAAGCUAGAGGUAGUUAAUUGCCUUAUGCUACAGAGCAGUACUGAUGGCCAAAAAGAAUUGAGAUGACAUAAAUAUGACUUUUCUUUUCCAUUGCUGUUUCUUUGUGCUUUUUGAACAAACUUUGUUUUACUGUGACUCUCAUUUCAUUACUUUUGUUGAGGCUGCCUUACCAGUGGCAUAAGUUUUAUAUUCUGAAGGUUUCUAAGUCCAGCUCCAGCCUGCUUAAGGAUCUACUUUGGAUGAUGUGGAGACAAGAAGGAAACAACCUACUGCUGUGCUGAGUGAGUAGAUCUAAGCUGUAUGUUAAAAAAAGAAGACAUUUAAAAAAUUACAUGUUUAUUCAUAGAAGCUAAGUGAGAUCAACUGAGUUUUGUUUUUAUUUAUUGACAAAACAGGAUUAAUUAGCCAAAUGGCAGACUAAAUUGAAUUAAUGUGGAGCCGACUUUCAGUUUAUGAAGGAAGAGGAGUUUGGGAAUCAAGUGUUAGGAAGCGUUUUCAACUGAUGAUAAAGGUUUUCAUGCAGAAGCAUUUAAUGAAUCUUGCAGAGCUACCAAAUAAUGUAGAGGUGAUCUAGAGGCAACAUUUCGAAAAAUACCAUUUUGGGGAAAAAAAAAAAUUCAAGGGGGAAGAAAAAGACCUAACAAGUCAAAAUAUAUUUCCUUUUUUUCUAGAACUCUAUAAUUUUCUUUAAAAUUUAAAAUUGAAAUGUAAGUGAAUGCAUAUUUCAACAUUAUUUAAAUCUGCUUAUAUAGAGAGCACAUAUCUUUUAAGAUUCUACUUAUCUGAGGGCAAACCACUACACAUUAUAUGAUUUAGAAAAUCACCUGGAUGACUCCUUUUGGGCUGUGGUGACACUAUUCAGAUGCUUGCCUUAAUCGACUUUUCCCUGGGUAUUUGGUUUAUGUAGCCCUUAUCCAUCCUGGCAGUGCCUGAAUUCAAGAUGAAGAUUACUUGAAUUUAAAAUGAUGGUAACACAGGCAAAGAAAAGCCAUGUGUUUUAUUUACUGUUGUUUCCAAUCUGAUGAGGAGUGUUUUUGGCUCUAGAGGUACUUUGGCAAGACCAGGUGAUACAUUCUAUAGGCAUUGGCCAUACAAUAGCUAUGGUAUUGGUCUUGCAUUCUUCAUGGGGAUUUAUGACCUUACAUUUGUCUCUUCAAUGUGGUGCUGGUUGUUAUCUAUAAAAGUUUUUAUUGCUAGACCUAGAGAAGAAAAACAUUUUCAGUGGUUCUGGGUCUUUAGCUUAUUUACAUGGUUUUAGAAAUCCAAACUCAGAGUCAUCUUCCUAAUCUCAAUGAGAAGACAGCUCAUCUUUCAGCAGUGUGGUCCAAUGGGGUGAGUUACAGAAAGAAAGCUGCCUUUCUCCUUUAUUACUUGGAUCUACACACUGCUGAUGGGUGAUUUAAGGCUCCUAAUAUCUUUAAUAAGACAAUCCUUUAAAGGGCAUCUUAAACUGUUACAGAGUUUGCAAAGAGUUUUCUUUGCAAUGCUGUGUGUCUUUUCCACCCACUGGGAGCUAUUAAAGUAGAUCACGUAAUAUGAUGUACUGGCCCCUCAUAUAAAGAACAGCUUUUCUUCAUGCUCCCCACUGCGUAGCUGAUUUAUAGUUUAGAGGAAGACAAGACUGCUUGGAAUCAAGCUCUUGGGGGCCAUGGGUGCUUUUACCCACAUGACUGCUAUAACCCUUGAUUCUGUACUAUCAAGACACUUGUCUUGGUAUCACAUGCUUUGCUGUCUGCUUAAAAUAUGAGUCCAUCUCCCUCAUCUUUAUUUGUUAUAGAGACCCAAUUGGACCAGUGCUGGCACAUGUCCUUUAAGGUACAGCUUCUGAAAAGAGACUGCACUACCAAACUUAUGUGUGCCUUUACCUCAGUCCCCCAGGAUAAGGUUAAAUAAGUGACUGAGCACGAUGCUAGUUAAAUAUCAAGAAUUAAAGGUCUGAACCCAAAUGGCUCUACUUAUUUUUGUUUUUUACAUCUUUCCAACAA